AUGCAGUACGGACUAUAUAGCUCCGUGAGGCAGUUCCUUCAAGCACGGUAUGAUGCCUGGGCCUUUCUAUUCAACGGUCCCGAUAUGAUCCAGGAUGCAUUCGAAAAGUCCAACGGCCGACCUUUUGAGAUGUUCGCACCUGACAAUCGCUACGUCUUCGUGUCCUCUGCGGAUCAUAUAAAGGAGCUGGAUUGUGCUCCUGAUACAGUCUUGUCGCUACAAGCUGCCUCAAAACAGAUGCUCCAGCCCAAGUAUUCUAUGCACGGCUUCAAUUGGUUCGACAGGAGAGGUACAGAAGGCAAAGGCUUCAUUCGAGCUCUUCGUACGCUUUUGACAAACCAUCUGCCUACGAUACUACCAGACCUCCGAAUUGCGACCUCGGAUCGAAUGAAGUUACGGCAGAUACACUGCACUGUAGGCGACAUUUACUUAUUUUUCACCCCAGGAACAAGUCGAGUGUCUAUAUAUCCCAUGAUAGUGACACUCGUUGUUUUGGCAAACUCACUUUCUUUUUUUGGAGAAGAACUCGCAAAGAACGAGACGUUCAUGAAAGCCGCACUAUCAUACGUCGAGGAAACGCUCUUGAUUGCAGAAAUCGUCAGGCUUCUGCCACGUUUCCUCGCUCCGAUUAUUGGGCCAUUAUUAGGGAAGAUGGUGUCAUCUCAAGCGAUCGUGUACAAGGCCUUGAUGGUUGUCGCUGAGGAGCGGGUGCAGGCACGGGAUCUUGGUAUCAAGACCAAGACAUGUAACGACUGCAUCCAAUGGAUCAUGGAUACAUCACCAAAGCAAAACCCUUGGUCUGCGCAACGGGUUGUUUUCGAAUUGAUGGCCAUUUGGUUUGGCUCCGUCCACGCAAUGUCAACUACUGCAGUAUUCGCAGUCCAAGAUUUGUGCAUCCAUCCCGAAUAUAUCUCGCCGAUCCGCAAAGAACUCGAGAGCUCAGAGUACGCAGAGUUUGAGCAGACGGCCAGGGGUCUCCCACUCCUCGAUAGUUUCAUCAAAGAAUCAGCCCGGCUUACCCCCGUAGAGUCCAUAAGCACGCGCCGCCAGGCCCUGAAGCCUUUCUCACUCUCCAACGGUACCCAGCUCGCCGUCGGAGACUGGGCCUGCACACCCGUAAAAGCGCUCAUGCGCGCACAUUAUCCGCAGCCACUUGACUUCAACGGCUUCCGCUUUGUGGAUCCAAAAAUGUUCAACAAUCAGGACAUGUCCAUCAAUGAAGCUUUUCAGCUCCACGCAUCUAAACUCACCGACGUUGGGAACACUUAUCACGUCUGGGGCACUGGGCGAAUGACUUGCCCUGGGAGGUUUUACGCUGCGGUUGUUAUGAAGCUUUUAGUUGCGCAGGUCGUUUUGAAUUAUGAUUUUGAGCUGAUGGAUAAGGGAACCAGAAGGUGUUGGACGUGGCGAUCAAGUAUGCUGCCGAUGGAAAGUACCCUGGUGAAAUUUUGGGCGAGGAAACGGCAGUAA